UCCUCCACCUCCUCCACUACCUCCUUCUCUCCUCUUCCUCCUCCUGCUCCUCUACCUCUUCCUCCGUGGAUUCUCGACGCGGUUGCGGCGACUACGUCUACGUUGACGGCCGAAGCUUCCGUGGCUUCGCUGACGGCGAUGAUGGCGGUGUCUUCGUCCUGCUUUUCACUUGGACGACGGGCCCACUUACGAACGUUUUUAACGUUCUGCCGCACCGUUAAAACGUCAAACUUUAUCACGAAAACAUGAUAUCUCUCGGGGCGAGCACGAUGGAAGGGACGGGUGAGAGAGAGGAACCGAGACCACCACCGCUCUCUUCUUUGCCAGCGACACACUCGAUGACGUCAUCGCAAGCGGCCCAAGAUGGUGGUGUUCCCGCGACGGCGCGGCCAGCUUUGUCUCCUCUCUCUUACUCCUAUUCCUACUCCUAUCUAACUUUCCUCUAUCACUCUCUCUCUCUCACUCUCACUCUCUCUUCUCUCUCUUUCUCUCUCUCUCUUUCUCUCCCUCUCUCUCUUUCUCUCCCUCUCUCUCUUUUACUUUCUCUGUCUCUCUUACUCUUCGUUUCGAUAAUUUUUGAAAGCGCGAAAACAAAUGACAUAUAUAAUUUAAAUUUUGUUGAAUAUUUUUUUUUAACCCUUUCGCAACACCUCCAUUUAUUUAACUUUAUAAUUUCGCUUAGAAACUCGAUACAAAGAAAAGAAAAUAGAAAAAGAGCUCACAACGGCACGAAAUUCGGAUCGAAACUGAACAGUUUUCUACGCACUUUUAAUUCUCAAUGAUUCGUUUAACGUGACUUAAAAGUAAAAGUUCGACAUUUUUCUACAAAAGUAUAUCAAUCUUUUAGAUAUUGAAAGAUGUCAUCUAUUCCUUAUGUGUCUAGAGUAAAUCAGCUAGAUGCCAUGUCACUAGAUGAUGAGAUUAAUAAAGUUUUUGAAAAUCAGAUAAGAGAAAUCUUUAAAUUCUGUCCACCUGGUAAAAUGGAUAAGUGGCAACCGGAGAUCAAAGUUAUUCUUAAAAUUCUCAUUUGGAAUUUUUCCUUGAGAUACAAGAAUCAUACAUUUGGACAACAGAUGCUUGAUCUUCGUUAUGACAAUUUAAAUAAGUUCAAAUCUAUUUUGUACUUAGCCUUUAAACUCCUGCCAAAUUAUAUUAAAGAUAGAUUAAUUGAUAAUGGUAUAAUAUCAAAUCAUAAAAGAAUGCACAAGUUGAAGAUUUAUGUACAGUGGCUAAUCAGUUUGGUACACUUGCUGGAAUUGAUAAAUUUAAUAAGUUUUUUACAUCGUGGAACUCAACCUCUUUUGAUCGAAAGAUUAUUAAACAUUUCAAGUGUUUCUGUAAAUCGACAUAAGCCAAGAACCAUUGGAUAUUCUUAUAUGACAAGAGAACUUCUUUGGCACGGUUUAAUGGAAUUAUUUACAUUGGGAAUACCUAUGUUAAACUAUCAUUAUUUAAAACAAAAGAUAAGACGAUUUUGGUAUCAUAGUAAGAAAGAUGGAAUUAAAAAAACAUUUCCAAUUAUGAAUGAAUCUACUGUCUGUGCUUACUGCAAGGAGAAACCUAUUUUACCAACGCACGCUGGUUGUGAACACGUUUUCUGUUAUUACUGCUUGGGCGCAAAUUUUACUGCAAUGAAGAUAUUUCUUUGUCCAGAAUGUGAUACCGAAUUACAUGACUGUGAUAUGAAAAAUUAUAUUGCCGUUCCUGAUCCACCACUCGAGAAUGACAAUUUGCAGUGAUUUUUCCAAAAAUUAUUUGUACGAUACUACGUAUAUGAAUUUUUGUAUAUAUUAAAGAUGUUCAUUAACUUUCGUUCGUAGCAUAUAUGACUUGGGAGACAUCUAUGAAUAAAAUAUGAACUACAAAGAUAAUAAGGAAAUACUGUCCUCAUUAUUCGACUAUUGAAUGGUUGUAUAAGCUUGUUAUGUUAUAUCCUUUUGACAUAAUUAAAAUUGUAUAUAAUAAUAAUAAUUGAGUUUGAGUGA